CACUUCGAUAGCUCUAUGAGUUUACACGUAGAAAAUUUCAGUCUUCGCGUGUCUGAAGCGUACAAAAUAGAAUAAGCAAAGUAAGAAGAAAUUAUUGUGCGGAUCGUUUAACUAACAAGUUUCUGAAAUUUUCAAAUGAGAAUGCGUGUUCUGAUUCUGAUUCAUGUAUAAAUGGAAAUCCAAAAGCAACCUUAGAGAUACUAUAUUAUCUUCGUGCUCAUCAUACAUUACGGUUAUUUUGAUAAAGUGCGGUUGACCAAUCUUGCUCGCAAAGCGACAGAAACCUGCCAGUGAAAAGUGUAUCUGGAAGAAAAAAAGUCAUCUCUCAUAUUUGGCAAAAAUAUAAAGAAUUCUAACAAAUAAAACGAAAAGAAAGCAAUUAUUUUGACAAGAAGCUAAAAUAAAAAAUAAAAGGUGCGGGUGUGUAUCAAAUGACAAAAAAGUAAUUGUGGAAAAAAUACAAGAUUGUUGGAUUAAUGAAUACAACUCAAAACUUGUCGUAACUUACAUACAGUUGAGUGCCCAUGUAUGAGCUAUAACUAAGCCUCGAUAGUCGCUUACUAGUCAAUUAAGCUUUUGCAAACCAAAAACCGCCUCCGCUUAAUUCGCUCAAGCUAUAGUAGCCGGCGGCAAAUCGAAUUUUUAGAGUUAUACAACUUGUUGAUUAAAGCUGCAAUAAAUUCGGCGUAGAAGCAGUGGCCAGUGCGUUUAUAGUGGCAUACGCACCCAGUGAUUUCAAACAAAUUUCUACUCUUUGUUGCGUUGAGCAGCCAUUGCGAGCUGCUCUUAAUACAUCGUCGUCAUCGAAUUCUCCCCUGUGUACGUUGAACGAAAAGACUUCAAGACGGUUGCCUCACGGUUCGAGUGGAAUGAGCAUAGGGACACUGGUCUUCCUUUUGACAGAUCGGUUUUUAAGGUCGUUAAACUGAGCCCCAACUUGGAGCCCUACCCCGCCAGCGUGGAGGGCCUGAACAGCCCUAGAGCGGUGGGGAUGGCCGCCACCUCAUAUAUGACACCGUCCAGCGGUGAUCUGGAUAUGGCGCUAGGUGGUGGGGGUUAUCAUACUUCAUCACCCCGAUCGGCCGCCGAUGCGGGCGAAAUGAAAUACAUGCAACAUCAUCAUCAUCACGCCGCCGCUGCUGCCGCCCACCAUCAGCUACCCUCAUCGCCUAGCCCGAAUGCAGUUGUGGGUGGAGCGGGUGGUGCGGGAGCAGGUGGUACUGGAGGUCUGGGUGUCUCAGCGAGUGGGCUUAGUUCGAUCACACCCUCUGGUAGUUUAGGCUCAAAUCACUGGACCCCUUUGCAUCCCUCAGAUCCAUGGGCGUCGAUGACACAUCAUACACACCAUCAUCCCGCGGACGCGGUGAAGCAAGAGAUGUCCCAUUUAUCACAGCAGUCACGCGUUCAACAAGGCAUGGCAUCCCCACAUACAUGGCACGCACCGGUUCAUACAACACACUAUGUUCCGACGGGUGGUUCGCCUUUGCAAUAUCACCAUGCGAUGAACGGAAUGUUGCAUCAUCCUGCUCAUCCAGCGCAUCACCAAGGAGUGCCACCAUUGCAUCAUGCACUGCGUGGUGAGUCUCCACAACUUCAUAUACAUCCCCAUCAUCUGCAAGGCGAUCGGGACGUGUCGGGUGGUGAAGAAGAUACGCCCACCUCAGAUGAUUUGGAAGCAUUUGCAAAACAGUUCAAACAACGUCGUAUAAAGCUCGGUUUUACACAAGCGGAUGUGGGACUGGCGCUUGGCACCUUAUAUGGCAAUGUCUUUUCACAGACAACAAUAUGCCGCUUUGAGGCUCUACAAUUAAGUUUUAAGAACAUGUGCAAAUUGAAGCCACUGCUACAAAAAUGGCUAGAGGAAGCUGACUCCACCACUGGAUCACCAACAAGCAUUGACAAAAUUGCGGCUCAGGGUCGUAAGCGUAAGAAACGAACCAGCAUUGAAGUGAGCGUUAAAGGUGCACUAGAACAACAUUUUCACAAACAACCAAAGCCAUCGGCUCAAGAGAUCACAUCGCUGGCGGAUUCCUUGCAGUUGGAAAAAGAGGUUGUGCGGGUGUGGUUUUGUAAUCGGAGGCAGAAGGAGAAGCGUAUGACACCACCAAAUACAAUGGGUGGCGAUAUGAUGGACGGUAUGCCACCAGGCCAUAUGCACCCACAUGGCGGCUACCAUCCACAUCACGAUAUGCAUGGAAGUCCAAUGGGUACACACAGUCACAGUCACAGCCCGCCCAUGCUUAGCCCACAAAAUAUGCAGUCCGCGACCGGUCAUCAAUUGGCGGCUCACUAGCAAUCAGAAAUCCAGGAGUCGAACUCAGCUGCAGCUGCGUCCACUCCUGCAUCGCUGCAUCAGCAGCAACAACAACAGCAACAACACCAGCCACAUAACCAACAUGCGCCCAACACGCCGUCCUCUUCGGGCGGCUCCUCGGCGACAAUGACAACCAACGUGCUGUCGCCGCAAUCGCCGAUCGGCGCUGGAUUAACUGCUAAUAAUAACAACAAUAACAAUACGCAUAACAACAACAAUGAAAGUGAUCACUUGAGUCAGGUGAAACAGCAGCAGCAACAACAAGCGUCAUCGAUAGCGGCAGCUGCAGCCGCCGCUAUGUACAUCGAUCCGAUGCGCUACCAACAUCACCACGCACACCAACACCCGCACCUCAAUCCCGCGCACCACCCCCACCUCUUCCACACCAGCGACCAGCAGCACCCAGCGCUGCAACAUCCAACCGCUCAUCACCACAAUCUGCAACAGCCACAGACAUCGCCCGGCGCCGGCAGCAGCAGCGGCGCCCUGCAAGCACCAUCCUCAUCACCAUCCUCGGCGUCCUCGGUGUUGGGGGUGAGCAGCGCGACCGGCAUGCAUCACCUUAAUUUAAAUCCACACUCACUGCACCAGCAUCACCAUCACCACCAACAGCAACAUCAUCACCAACAGCAGCAACAACAACUGCAUGCCCGACGCCUAUUCGAAUGGAGUCUGCAAUUCGGUGCCGCCGCACCAGGCGUGAGGCAUUUCAACUCAUUUGGCGGCGGCGGUGAAUAGCAUACGUCCGCCGCAGCGGCAGCGUCAGCCGCCUGGUUUGGAUAUGAAUCGUCUUAAGCGCGCAAGCAUAAGACGUCGGAAGAAUCCAAGCUAGAGGCGGUGCGCUUUUAAGCUGCGGCGUGUACCGAACCGGGCUAAUUGAAAGGGUAUACUAGCGGCGGUGCAGAAUUCAACUAUUUUAUUUGGUGUAUAACUAUACGUGUAUAUACGGUAUAUACAGUAUACAUACAUAUAUACAUGUAUAUGUGCAGGGAACGAAGGACCAACGACCGAGUCACAGUACCACUUGAAGUGCGGUUAAAUAUUGAACCGCUUUAGUUAUAGUGGGAUAUAGUUAGGUAGACUUAUUAAGUAAGUGGACGGUUGUAUGCCAUUUGCCAGAGCUAUACCAGUGCAUUAAUCUGUGUUAACUUGAAAUUAGUUAAGUAAACUAAGUAAAUGAAUAAUGAGCAACAUUAUAAAAUAAAUAAAAUAAUUAAAAAAUAAGCAAAUACAAAGAAAAAGUACGGUUUAGUAGUAAAAAUUUUUCACUGAAUUACAACAAAUACAAAGUAAAAGAAAUAUAAUUAACAGUCUACUUAAGCUCCCCUAUAAAAUAAUUAGCAGCAAAGUCUUUAAAUCAAAUGUAAAAUAGAAUUAAAAAAAUUAAAAACUUUGAAAGUUUCUAAAACUUGCAAAUAAUAAUGCAAUUAAAAUCAAACGAGAAACUAAGUGAUGUUUUUAAGAAAAACAAAUUAAAUAGAGUUUUGCGUAUUUAAUAAAAAAACAAAAACUUUGUAAUCGCAAAGGUAGUAAUCAACUAAAUGAAAUAUAAUUAACGAAUUCAAUAGUUUAUAGUUUUAUACAUGUACAACUUCACUGUAAAUUUCUUAAAAAACAGAAAAUCAGCAAAACAGUGCAAACGUGAGCAACCGAGCAGCCGUAAGUUAUGAAAACACACAAACAAAUAUGCAUUAUUUAAAAUACGUAUAAGCAUUGCGUGGCAUUAAAAGAACUCGAAAAGCAACUGAGCUGCAUUUAAUUUCACCACUUGUUUCAAAAAGCCGCCAAAACUUGAAAACCUCCUGCAAGUAAACAGUGUUUGAUACAAUCAUUAAAUUAGUAAAUAUGAAAAUCACAAUAAAUAAAUACAAAAUGUUAAAUACAGAGCGCCCAACUUGUUGAGCGGCAAGUGUCGCAAGGCGCGAGCACCAUGGUAGAGACAGCUCUGCGCGGUGGGCACCCGGUCUCACCGAUGUUGGUCUCAGCGCCCAUUUUCUGUGCAGUUGCAUUUUGCGAAGGUAAACCUUUUACGUAUUCUUCAAUGCUUUGUUUGUCGUUAAAGAGUUUGAUAAAGAGUUUUUAUAAUUACGCUCACACUUAACGGCACUUUUCGUAUAGACAACGGUUGUAUGUAAAAACAUUGUAGACCAAAAGUUAGAGUAAAAAACGAGGAACGCAUUCGCUUAUCACAAAUGAAAAAUCAAAAUUCUAGCUUACUAUAAUGUACAUAUGUAGCUAUGUAUGUGUGUAGUACGAAUUUGCAGUUAUUUAAUAAAAAUUUACAUGUUUACAUAGUUUCCUUUCGAGCCCCAACAUUUGUUGUUAUAUAAAAUUAUAUGUAUAAAUGAAACCUUUCGUAAGUUUUUCGCCAAACGCUACUCUAAAAGAAAAAAACAACAAAACAUUUAUUUGUGAUAAAUGAAAUGUAUAAUUCCUUUGUGCUUGCUUUUUUACAGUUAUAUGCUGGUGUUAAGCAUAAAACACGAAAUAAAACUUAGUCAUAUUAUUUUAUAGAUUCCAACACAUUUGAUCUGUUCAAAAAUAUUUAUUUUAAGUGGGAAGUCAAUAUUGUUAUUGUAUAUUAGACUAUUAUUAAGUUAGCUGUCGCAUAAGUGCAAGUAAGUCGUGUGUAAAUAAUAUACAUAUAUAGAGUAAAAUAAAAUUUCUUUGAAUAAUUUGAAACAAAAACUGGUAUUUAAUUAUUUUCGGCGUGCAAGUGGAGUCGCAGUCAGGGUUAAAUACUUAUUUUCUAAAUUUACUUCAAACAAAUUGCAUUUUUUUAAAUUAGUUUUGAAAUUAAAUUUUCGUCAUCAAAGUGUAUAUAGGUGAACAUAUUUUUGGAAUAUAUAAUUUCUUUUUCAAAGACAAGAAAAUCACAUACUUAGGCCAAGAUCUUGCGCUAUAUAGGCAACAAAUGUUAACCCAGCUUAAGAAUGGCCUAAUGAAUAUAGAUGACCAAAAUAAAACAUAGCAUGCAUGGAAAUAGAAAGAAUUUGUAAUGAGUCUUCACUCGUCCUUAAGGCGUUAUAUAAAGUUAGAAGGCUGUAAAAAAGUGAAUUUUCCAGAAAUUUUUCUGAAAAAAACUUUUAAAUUUAUUGAUCCAAAAAUUUGUAAACAUAUUAAUCAUAUUUUAACUGCAUUUUAAGACUUAAAAUUAGUAAAACUAUUUAUUUGGAAAGGAACUACAGCUAAUCCCCGGGAGCUCCUCUCAAAAAAGAAGUUUUGCGGUGACCACCAUAGCUCUGAACUGUAGAUAUCCUUUGAAAUGAAAAAAACCAAACAGAUUUCGUUAAAGUAAUGUUAAGUCUA